UUAACUGUACUUUUGGUGUUGCAGACGAAAGUGUGAAAAAGAAAAUUGGAGCACGUCAAUAUCUGAGCUCCUGAGGGUUAAUAUUAAUCUCUGUCAACUGACUUCGAUGUCGGACCCUUUAGAUCGAGACAGAGGAGGAAGACGCCGCCGAAGACGAGAGAGACCCGGAAGAAAAGAGAGAGAGCGUGAACCGGACCAGUCACCGAAUCCCAGUAAACCUCCCAUCAUCCUUGGACUGGUGAAACCAGCUGCAGAACAGGCUACAGUAGGGGGUGCAGUCAUGCAGGCAGCCAAUCUCUCCCAGGGGGGCAUAGUCAACAAGCCACAGGAGAAACCCAUUGUUGUGCUUCGGUCUCGAGAUGAAAACAGACCAGCACCUACCACCACCACCACCAACCAGGCCACCACAACAAAUCAAGGGGAGACAACUGUGGGGCCUGCAGGAUACCAGAUUCAGCGGCAUUCCUCUGUAGGACAUUUAGCUUUUGAAAACAGCUCCCAGAACCGCCUGGCCCCGCCCCCUGAGAUGAAGCACUGUGUGAAGGUGGUGGACGACUCAUUCCGCUGGUGCGAUGCAGGAAUAGAGAUGCUGCUGGAUCAGACUGACUUCCUUGUGGUAGGAGUUCUCGGGCCACAGGGCAGCGGCAAAUCCACCAUCCUGUCCCUCCUGGCGGGUACCUCCCCUCAAGAUUCGUACAGGAGCUACGUGUUCCAGCCACAGACGAAGGAAGUGAAGGAGAACGGGGCACACCAGACAAAUGGCAUUGACAUGUACGUCACUCCCGAGCGGAUCAUCUUCCUGGACACACAGCCAGUACUCAGUGCCUCCAUCCUUGACCAGAUGAUACACCAGGACAAGAAGUACCCAACAGAGUACACCUCCGUGGAGAACUGUAUAGAGAUGCAGUCUCUGCAGAUGGCAGCCUUCCUGAUGACAGUGUGUAAUGUGAUCCUGGUGGUGCAGGACUGGUUCACUGACGUCAGCUUCCUCAGGUUCCUGAAGAAUGCUGAGAUGCUGAAGCCAGCUACUCCGUCUGGACACGAGGGUUCCUCACACCCUGAAGAUGCUCCUGACUACUUCCCCCAUGUUGUGUUUGUACAGAACCGAGCUAACCGCGACGACUACGGCCUGGAGACUUACAAGAUGAUGACACACACACUGGGCAACACAUUCGACAUGACCAAGCUCAAGUGUACAGGCACUGUCAACAUGGUGCGUGACAACGUCAUCCCCGGACUCACCUCCAAGACAGUCAAGUCAGACAUGAACGUCUUCUGCAUUCCCCAAAUGGAGUACUACAAGCUGGAGCCAGAGCCUAUUCUCACCCUGCUGCCAGAAUACCGAGGCUUCCCAACGUUCAUCGCCCUGGUGCGAUCUCUGCGGAACCAGAUAUACUCCUUGCCACGCCACCUCCUCACACACACUACGUUGUCUGAGAAAAACUGGUUUCACUAUGCUGCACGGAUGUGGGACACUGUGAGGAAGUCCCAGCUGCUGUCUGAGUACAACAGACUCCUGCCCUGAGACUCCCGCGGCAGACGGGGCAGAAUCUUGCCAGACAGUGGACGUCCGUCAGUUCAACCUGAAGCUCCAGACAGCAGAUGUGCAUCUGAAACUUGCCAGCUAGCAGACGUCUACCCUGAAGUUCCAGACAGCAGAUGCAUGUUUAAAACUUGCCAGACAGCAGACAUAUGUCUGAAAUGCCAGACAACAGACGUGCAUCUGAAACUUGCCAGACAGCAAACGUCUAUCCUGAAGCUCCAGACAGCAUAUGUAUGUUUGAAACAUGCCAGACAGCAGACAUAUGUCUGAAACUAUAGACAGCAGACAUUCAUCUGAAAUUUGCAAGACAGUAGACAUCUACCCUGAAGCUCCAGACAGCAGAUGUGUGUUUGAAACUUGCCAGACAAACUUGUGCAUCUGAAACCUGACAACAACAGGCACAUGUCUUAAACUUGCCAGAUUGCAGACAGUUGUCCAUCUGCUCUGAGACCCCAGACAGCAGACGUAUGUCUGACAGGUGAUGGUAAACAAUAUGGCAGAACACUGGGCGGUUGACUCUGGUUUAGUGGAGGAGGGUAGUUGGCACCAGGACGUAAGGAGAACCCUAACAUGUUAAACAGAAUUGAUAGCUUCACGAAGCUAGCUGUGUUUGAAUCUGAGGAUAUAUAGAGUUCAAAUUGGAAAUAAGGCUAAGCAACAGAUAACAAUAUUUUUUAGGUAUUAUUUGAGUAAUCAGUGCUUGAAAUAUGCUGUUGUCAGAGGUGAACCCAAUAGGGAUACACUUGGCAACUGACUUAACUUUCAAUAAUGACAGUGACAUACAGAUGUAGGAGACUGCAGGGCCCGACUAUGCUACAACUGUUGACUUCCUGUGAUGACAUACAGAAGUAGGAGACUGCAGGGCCCGACUAUGCUACAACUGUUGACUUCCUGUGAUGACAUACAGAAGUAGGAGACUGCAGCGCACGACUAUGCUACAACUGUUGACUUCCUGUGAUGACAUACAGAAGUAGGAGACUGCAGGGCCCGACUAUGCUACAACUGUUGACUUCCUGUGAUGACAUUCAGAUGUAGGAGACUGCAGCGCCCGACUAUGCUACAACUGUUGACUUCCUGUGAUGACAUACAGAAGUAGGAGACUGCGGCGCCCGACUAUGCUACAACUGUUGACUUCCUGUGAUGACAUACAGAAGUAGGAGACUGCAGCGCCCGACUAUGCUACAACUGUUGACUUCCUGUGAUGACAUACAGAUGUAGGAGACUGCAGCGCCCGACUAUGCUACAACUGUUGACUUCCUGUGAUGACAUACAGAAGUAGGAGACUGCAGCGCACGACUAUGCUACAACUGUUGACUUCCUGUGAUGACAUACAGAAGUAGGAGACUGCAGCGCCCGACUAUGCUACAACUGUUGACUUCCUGUGAUGACAUACAGAUGUAGGAGACUGCAGCGCCCGACUAUGCUACAACUGUUGACUUCCUGUGAUGACAUACAGAUGUAGGAGACUGCAGCGCCCGACUAUGCUACAACUGUUGACUUCCUGUGAUGACAUACAGAAGUAGGAGACUGCAGCGCCCGACUAUGCUACAACUGUUGACUUCCUGUGAUGACAUACAGAAGUAGGAGACUGCAGCGCCCGACUAUGCUACAACUGUUGACUUCCUGUGAUGACAUACAGAUGUAGGAGACUGCAGCGCCCGACUAUGCUACAACUGUUGACUUCCUUUGAUGACAUACAGAAGUAGGAGACUGCAGGGCCUGACUAUGCUACAACUGUUGACUUCCUUUGAUGACAUACAGAUGUAGGAGACUGCGGCGCCCGACUUUGCUACAGCAGUUGACCUACUGUACUGACAGUGACAUAUAUGUAGUUGUUUAAAUGAUGCACUUAACCAAAUCAUAAGACUUAUUAAUGACAAGGGGUGGUCUACAUUGAUUUCAAAUUUGGUGACUGUUAUGAACGAGGCAAGUCAGGGAAAGUGUUUGAUGAAUCAAGUGGCAAUGUUUGAAUGCACCUAACACAGGGUGUGCAAUGUCAGACACCAGCCCCGAUGAGGGAUUACCAUCAGCUAUUAUCAACAUGUACUCGUGGUUUAUGUUGUCACUCUGAAGAUAUAGCUUCACUGAGCAGUCUUGUUAUCUGAUAUUAAGUUUGUCAUGUUGAUGUGUGUUGCUAUGGUGACUGUCCCUGUGAUUUAACUAGAACAAUAAAUUCUACUUAACACUU